AUGGCGCGUGUGAUAAAGGAGCUCAAGUGCGACGGCCACCGUGUGUCCCAGAUCAAGGCGCUCAUGCCGAUCCUCCUCAUCAUGUCGCAGGUUCAGCCAUCACAGGGCUUGAGCCCGGCAGCCCCACUGGUUGCCAUUUGGGACACAGAGAGUUUCUACUUGGUGGCGGCUACGGCGGGGAAAGUUUUGGUUACUUUGGUUGUUUUCUUUGGGCUCCCCUACUCCUUUCUGAAGCUCUUUAAGUGGUGCUUGAGAACUUUUUCCUGGAGGCCAGCAAAGUGCAACACCGGAAGCCAAACCGAGCACGAGAAGUUCAAAGUUCAGAGCUACACUCCGAAGGUGAGGACCAAGUCGGCUAAGGGUGCAACUUACUUUGAGCUGGAAGAGAGGCUGACCGGCCCCAGGAAUCCCAUUGAAUCAAUGCUUUGGCCUUUCCAGGAGUUGGAGAGUUUGCGGGAUCAGGGCCAGAAGUUUUUCUCCGUGGAUUUGGCUGCUUUAGCCAGUGAUCGCAUGCUGCAGGGUAUCGUGAUGACUACCGAUUACUCUGGAAUGGGGUGUCCUGAGGAGGCCUUGCAGCAGUUGCUGCAAGCUGUGCUCAUUUGCACUGACAGGAAUCAGGAUCCCGAAGUGCCUGACAGGUGUGUUCAUGGAAAUAUCAUGGACAGAUGUACCAAGAAGCUGCAAGAUCGAAUGGAGCAGGCUAGAACCACAUGUUUGGCGGUGGUGCUGAAGCAAAUUGAGAAUGGCAAGGGCAAGAAGUCAGCUUCUGUGGUAGAGGCAGGUAGAGCUACUGUGCGGAAGAUCGCGAAGUUCAUGCUGUGCAAGACGGCACUCAGAUCGGUAACACGUCAUGCCCAUUGCUAUAUUCACGAUAAGAUGUGCCCUGUGAUUCCAGAUGCAGGAACAGGCGGCAAAGGUUUGCGGGUUCAUGUUGCCGGUGUCAACUGCUACGACUGGAGCAAGAUGGGCAGUGCUCAGGGGUGGUUGGGGCAAGGAAUGCCCAUCUUUAUGCAAUGGGCACGUGAAAGGAUGGUUGCAUUGGAAGACGUGAUCAUUGUCGAAUGCGUACCACGGUUCGACUCAGAGAUGAUGGGAGAGUUGUUUGCAAGUCAUUACAACUUGGAUAUUCUGCAGUUUGGUCCUACACUGUUCGGGGAACCAGUAGAGAGGCCUCGAAAGUAUAUGAUCCUUACCAGGAAAGACAAGCUUCAAUGGCGUUCGCAGAUCCAGGAGUUUGGGGUGCAGGAUGCAUUCUUUCGAAUCUUCGCCAGGACAGUCUGCAUGGAAGGACAUAGCAAAUUCCGGGCGCCCGAGGACUACGUAGAAUUGCAGCGGCAGGAAUUUGUCAAGGCCCAGAACAUGCCGCCAAGGACUCGAAGUGGCAAGCCGUGGAGCUUUUACCAAGUAGCCUCUCAAGCCGUGCGUGCCAACAUUGAUGACCAUGCGACUGCACUUGUCAGGCGCAUCGGUCCGGAUGCUGCUCAGACUUCCUGGAUUGCUAACCUGCGUCAGAGCAGCUCCUUUAUGCCAGCAAUGCAAUUCACCGUCCCGGCCCUGCUUCGCACUUCCAGGCUUUGGAUCUUCGGGAAGAAGCGAAAUGCAUUGCCAUUGGAGUUGCUGGAAGUCCAGGGUUGGAACAUCUGGGGAUCUGCAGGCAUGAAUAGCAGAGAUGCAGAGGUUGAGGGCGAGGGGGUGGAACCAUCCUUGCCAGAUCAGUUGCGCUGUGGUUUUGUGGAGCAUCUACACAAUCUUUCCUCAGCUCAGAUUUUCAGCAUGGCCGGGAACUCGAUGCACCUCCGAGCCAUUGGAGCCACUUUGCUGUUUUGCUUCGGAUGCACUGAGCCAGUCUCUCCGUAG